AUGCCUCCAGCUCAAACUAACGACUCUGAACGCCCUCGUGAGCCCAUCGUCUCGCCAUACAUGCCCAAGUACCCCGAUCCAAACUCCAAUAUCUCCAACUUCAAGAUCAUUGAGUCUACCUUGCGCGAGGGUGAACAAUUUGCCAAUGCUUUCUUUAGCACUGAAAAGAAGAUUGAAAUCGCCAAAGCUUUGGAUGCUAUUGGUGUUGAUUACCUUGAAUUGACAUCCCCUGCUGCUUCAGAGCAAUCUCGCAACGACUGCAAGGCCAUCUCCAACCUCGGCUUGAAGGCCAAGAUCUUGACACACGUACGAUGCCACAUGGAUGAUGCCAAAUUGGCUAUUGACACUGGUGUGGAUGGUUUGGAUGUGGUCAUUGGUACUUCAAGUUACCUUCGUGAAUUUUCACAUGGCAAGGAUAUGGAUUACAUUACUGAGCGUGCCAUUGAGGUGAUUUCCUAUGUCAAGGAACAAGGUCUUGAGGUGCGUUUCUCCACUGAGGACUCCUUCCGUUCCGAUUUGGUGGAUCUCCUUAGCAUCUACAAGGCUGUCGACAAAAUUGGUGUCAAUCGUGUUGGUAUUGCUGAUACCGUUGGCUGUGCCAAUCCUCGUCAAGUAUACGAGCUCGUCAAGACUUUGCGUAGUGUCGUAAGCUGUGAUAUCGAAUGCCAUUUCCACAAUGACACUGGUUGUGCUAUUGCCAACGCCUAUGCUGCUCUUGAAGCAGGUGCUACUCACAUUGAUACCUCGGUCUUGGGUAUUGGUGAACGUAAUGGUAUCACCCCUCUUGGUGGUUUGUUGGCUCGCAUGUACGCUGCUGACAAGGGCUACGUCAUGAACAAGUACGACCUCAAGGCUAUUCGUGAUGUUGAGAACAUUGUUGCUGAUGCUGUCGAGGUUACUGUGCCCUUCAACAACUACAUCACUGGUUACUGUGCCUUCACUCACAAGGCUGGCAUCCACGCCAAGGCCAUUUUGAACAACCCAAGCACUUAUGAGAUCUUGAAGCCUGAAGACUUUGGCAUGUCACGAUACGUUAGCAUUGGUCAUCGUCUUACUGGCUGGAAUGCAGUCAAGAACCGUAUCGAGCAACUUCAAUUGACCGAUCUCAAGGAUGAGGAUGCCAAGGUGGUUACCACAAAGAUUAAGGAGCUUGCCGAUAUCCGGCCAUUGUCUUUGGACGACGUUGAUACCUUGCUCCGUCAUUACCACAGCGCUAAGACUGAUGGCUCCCAUGAACACUUUUUGAACAAGAUCGACACGCCCGAUCAAAUCACUCAGCUGGCAUAA